CAGUCGCCGAGCUGUAGUCGGGCCGGAGCUUUUUUCAGGCGAGUCGGCGCUUUCCCUGUCUCCCUUCAGUCAGAGAAUGGCUGUGCUUAAUCAGAAGUCUGUCAUGGAUAUGAUUAAAGAGUUCAGAAGGAAUUGGCACAGUCUCUGUAACUCUGAGAGAACUACUGUAUGUGGCGCAGACUCCAUGCUCUUGGCAUUGCAGCUUUCCAUGGCAGAGAACAAUAAACAGCACAGUGGAGAAUUUACAGUCUCUCUCAGCGAUGUCUUAUUGACCUGGAAAUACUUAUUACAUGAGAAACUGAACUUACCAGUUGAAAAUAUGAAAGUGAAUGACCAUUAUGAAAACAUUAGGAGGAUUUAUCAUGAUUUCUUGAAGAAUAGUAACAUGUUAGAUUUGAUCGAUGUUUAUAACAAAUGUAGUGUUUUGACUUCUAAUUAUGAAAAUCACACCAACAUAUCUCCUAGUCAACUACGAGAUUUUCUGUCUGGCAGACACUAUGCAGUAGGUGAUGAAAUUGAUUUUUAUGUACCAACAUCACCAAUUAGUAAAAACAACCAGGAUAAUGAAAAGGUGAAGUUACUAGCAAAGAAAAUUAUCUACUCAUAUUUAAACCUGCUAGUGAAUUCAAAGAAUGACUUGGCUCUGGCUCAUAUUCUCAAUAUUCCUGAUAGAGGACUUGGAAGAGAAGCCUUCACUGAUUUGAAACAUGCUGCUCAGGAGAAACAGAUGUCUAUCUUUUUGGUGGCCACAUCAUUUAUUAGAACAAUAGAGCUCGGAGGUAAAGGAUAUGCACCAUCACCAUCUGAUCCUUUAAGGACGCAUAUAAAAGGAUUGUCUAAUUUUAUUAAUUUCAUUGACAAAUUAGAUGAAAUUCUUGGAGAAAUACCAAAUCCAAGCAUUGCAGGGGGUCGUAUACUCUCAGUGAUAAAGAUGCAGCUGAUAAAAGGCCAGAACAGCAGGGAUCCUUUUUAUAAAGCCGUAGAGGAAGUUGCUCAAGAUUUGGAUUUGAGGAUUAAAAAUAUUAUCAAUUCUCAACAAGGAGAUGUAGCUGCGAGCACCACUGGCAUCAGUCCUUCACGACCAAAAUUUCAUGCCAUAAACCAUGGCACUGCAUACUGUGGCAGAGAUACUGUGAAAACCUUACUAGUUCUUUUGGAUGAAGAUGCAGCCAGUGCUCCUACCAAAAACAAAGCGGAACUUUUAUAUGACAAUGAAAAUACAAUUUAUCAUAAUGGAACUUCUAUUCUUACACGUUUUAGAUCUCCCACACAAGUGAAUAAUUCAUCGAUGAAACCCCUAAGAGAACGCAUCCAUAAUUCAAUGCAAGAGAAAAAAAUUAAGAUGAAGCAAACUUUAAUUAGAUCUCAGUUUGCUUGUACUUACAAGGAUGACUGCACGAUAAGCAAGGAUAAGUGGAAUGUUAAUUCAUCAUCAAAGCCUUUGUGUGUUCUUCACAUGGAAAAUGACCUUUCUGAAGGUGUAAAUUCAUCUGUUGGAAGACCAACAAUUGGAACAAGUUCUGGAAAUGUUCAUCUGGACAGAAGUAAAAACGAAAAAGUAGCAAGAAAAUCAAAUAGUCAGACAGGAAAUAAAAGCUCAAAAAGGAAACAGGUGGAUUUGGAUGAUGAAAAUAGCCUCUGUGAUAAUGGAAACGAACCACCUGAACACAAAAACGUUAAGAUACCUAAGACAUCAAAAGAUUUGCAGAAUAAAUUGGAUGGCAAACUAGUCAGAAUUGUAAAAAGCAACAAACGUACCGCCAAGGACAAAUUGAUUACUGGCCAGACAAAGUUAACUCAGUUUUUUAAACUGUGAAUCUGUCUUUUAUGUGCUUUAGAUAUAUGGAUAUAUAAAACCAUUCACCAAAGGCAUCUCCUUAAUUUUUUAAGAGAGCAAGGUAUAAAGUAUUGUGCUUUAUUAUUUUGGCCUAUAGUGUAUGUAAAGUUAGCAUGUUAAGCAGUGUUAAAAAAAAUACUAGUAAGUCAUAUUAUGCAGAAUAUUC